AUGGUUUCUGAACUGGAAGGUUUGCCUGCUGACCUGUCUGAAGCUAGAGUUGAAGUUGGUAGAAUAAGUCUUUUUCUUUUUGCAAAACAUGAGAAGUAUCUAUUCACUUUGUUUGCAUUAGAUCAGUUGGGUGAUCCAGUACCAGCAGCUGUAGCGCUACAAGCUAACGAGUGCAACAUUAAUGUGUUGAUAAACCUUGGUUUGUUCUUCUUCUUCGUAGUGCCAGCUUGCAUUCACGCGAUUUGGUACUGCUUCUUCCGGAAAGAUCCUCUGCAUACACUUUCAUAG